AUGAUAUAAGGGUGGUCCUAUACAAACCUCUCAUGAACUGAUCUCUUCAUCAUUCUUCUUCUUCCCGUUAAAUUCUCCCUCCCAAGAAAACUUCAAGAUCUUGUGUAUUAUUGACCUCCAGACAAGUUCUUGAUCUAAAUUGCGAAGUUUGAUUAGCUCACAAUUAAUAAGAAGAGUUAAUCAUAUCAUUGGUCGGAUUCGAGCUUGUGCAUAUACAUAUAUAUGUAUAUGUAUGAGGAGGAAAGGAACAAUAUUGUUAAUAAUCAAGAAGAACUGAGAUUAGAGAUGGCCUUUCCACAGCAUGGAUUCAUGUUUCAGCAACUCCAUGAAGAAAAUGCUCAUCACUUACCUUCCCCUACCUCUCUCCCUUCUUGCCCUCCUCACCUCUUCUACGGAGGAGGAGGAGACUACAUGAUGAACAGAUCAAUGUCCUUUACGGGAGUAUCAGAUCACCAUCAUCUAACUCAGAAAACCCCGACCACGACGAACAUGAAUGAUCAUGACCAGUUGGGCGAGGAGGACAACCUUUCAGAUGAUGGGUCCCAUAUGAUGUUAGGAGAGAAGAAGAAAAGGCUGAAUUUAGAGCAAGUUAGGGCAUUAGAGAAGAGCUUCGAGCUAGGAAACAAGCUGGAGCCAGAGAGGAAGAUGCAGCUUGCUAAGGCUUUAGGGUUGCAGCCUAGGCAGAUUGCUAUAUGGUUUCAGAACAGGAGAGCUAGGUGGAAGACAAAGCAGCUCGAGAGAGACUAUGAUUCUCUCAAGAAACAGUUCGAUGUUUUGAAGUCGGACAAUGAUUCUCUUCUAGCCCACAACAAGAAACUCCAUGCUGAGUUAGUGGCCUUGAAGAAACAAGACCGUAAAGAACCAUCAAAGAUCAAGAGAGAAUUAGCAGAAGCUUCAUGGAGCAACAAUGAAGACACAGAUAAUAAUAAUAAUUCAGAUAUAAAUCAUGUGAACAUGAUCAAAGAUCUUUUCCCUUCUUCUGUCCGAUCCGCGACUACGACCACGACCUCGUCACAUAUUGAUCAUCAGGUGGUUCAAGAUCAAGGAUUUUGCAAUAUGUUCAAUGGUAUUGAUGAAACGACGUCAGCUGGUUAUUGGGCAUGGCCUGACCAGCAGCAGCAACAUCAGAGUCAUCAUCAGUUCAAUUGAGUAUAUUGUCCAAGAAGAUCAUCGAUCAUAAUCCUGAUCAACAGCAUCAUCAUACUCAUCUGAUAUCAUUGUUAUCAAAAGAAAAUUUCGUAGAUUUUUUAAUUGAGUUUUUUUUUAAUUAUUAUUUGGUACUGUUUGAAUCGUUUUUUCUGUUUGUUUUGGGUUUGUAGAAAAUUGGUGUAUAGGGAAUAUUCAACAAUUUUAAUAGAAUGAUAUUUUCUUGUU